GGAAAGGCUUCAUUUCAGGCAGGUCUUUCUGGCGGAGCUUUUCCUUUCGCAGUUUCCUCCGAAAGUCUCUAGCUCCUUUCAGACAGGCCAGUUAUGCCGUUUUCAAACAGCCACAAUCUUUGCAAGAUGAAUUACUGCGCGGAAGAUGAAUACCCAGAUCUAAGUCUCCAUAACAAUCACAUGGCUUCAAUUCUGACCUUGGAGUUAUAUUCAAAGCUGAAGGAUAAACAGACUUCUAGUGGAUUUACUGUGGAUGAUUGUAUUCAGACAGGGGUUGACAAUCCAGGCCAUCCCUAUAUUAAGACAGUGGGAUGCGUAGCUGGUGAUGAGGACUCGUAUGUCACAUUCUGUGACCUCUUUGACCCAGUUAUUGAAGAUCGACACGGAGGCUACAAACCUACGGAUCAACAUAAGACUGACUUGAAUCCUGAUAACCUGAAGGGUGGCGAUGAUUUGGACCCCAACUAUGUUCUGAGUUCACGUGUCCGAACUGGUAGGAGCAUCCGUGGCUUCUGUCUGCCGCCCCACUGUAGCAGAGGCGAGAGACGUGCAAUUGAAAAACUUUCUGUGGAAGCUUUGGCCAGCCUGGAAGGGGAUUUCAGCGGGAAGUAUUAUGCUUUGAAGAAUUUGACAGAUGCCGAACAACAACAGCUCAUUGAUGAUCACUUCCUUUUCGAUAAACCCGUUUCCCCUUUGCUCUUGGCUUCUGGAAUGGCCCGUGACUGGCCUGAUGGAAGGGGCAUCUGGCAUAAUGACAAUAAGACUUUCCUUGUGUGGAUCAAUGAGGAAGAUCACCUUAGAAUUAUUUCCAUGCAAAAAGGUGGAAAUAUGAAAGAGGUUUUCGCUCGCUUCUGUUCUGGGCUAACACAGCUUGAAUCACUCUUCAAAGCUCAAAACUAUGAAUAUAUGUGGAAUUCCCAUCUGGGAUACAUCUUGACUUGCCCAUCCAACCUUGGCACAGGUCUUCGGGGGGGAGUUCAUGUUAAAUUGCCGAAUCUUAGCAAACAUGAGAAAUUUGGAGAUAUCCUCAAGAGGCUGAGGCUGCAGAAACGUGGUACAGGUGGUGUGGACACAGCAGCUGUGGGGGGAGUAUUUGAUAUCUCCAACGCUGACCGUCUGGGAUUCUCUGAAGUAGAGCUGGUGCAGAUGGUAGUGGAUGGAGUAAAGCUGCUGAUUGAAAUGGAGAAACGCCUUGAAAAGGGCCAGUGCAUUAAUAAUAUGAUCCCAGCUCAGAAAUGAAAAGCACUUUAAUGUUCUAGCUCCUCAUGCUUCUUCCUAACUUAUUGGAUGAAUUAUACACACAAAAUAAAAUGACACUCCGAUCAAAAUCAUGGAGUCAAAAGAGAUUUACCCACUUAGUAACAUUGUAGAAAGUCUUCCAUCCACAUGUGUUAGAGUUUAUUUUUUUGAUGGCUGAAAUAUCACCGAGAAACUGAAAUAAAACAUCAUUUGCCCUGAAA